GUGAAAUUGUAUCUUUUAUUUAAAAUAUCUCUUAAUUUGUAUGUUUUAUAUUUUAUGUUUCCAUAUUCAGCUCUUGAUACUCAUCGAUGGUCCUCCUGGAAGACGACCGUCCCGCCGGAACCAACACCCAUCGAAAUGUCCGGCCGGUGGAAGGACCGCCGGAAGCAGUUGAAAGCGACCGCUGACGGCAUCGGUGCUUGACUCGACCACGAGUAUCUGCCGUGGUUCCGCGGAUGGGACAGUCUCGACGCGUAACAGUUGCUCAAAGCCCCGCUCCGGAAGAAUAUUAAGAAACCUGAAAGGUUGGGACGGGAGGUUCACGGCUGAGAAACCAUUAGUAAGCGAGCCGGAUUGUGAUUGAGAGGGAGUAAUCUUGCCUGAACCAUGAAUCCGAAUCUGCUUCCGCCACCCCUGGCGACCGGUGCCAUCGACCUGUUGCAGGAGAUGCUCCUCAAGCGUGGGGACAUCCGGGCCGACUUUACGCUGUACCAGGACUUUAUGGACCAGCAUCGGGAUCUGCUGCUGGUUUCGGAACCAGGCAAGUGCGACUCCGACGCGGCCCGCUUUCGCAACACCGGCAACCGGCUCUAUCUGGACGGGAAGUAUGAGGAAGCUUUGGUGUGGUACAACCGGAGCAUCUGCUUUGCGGAGAAGGAGUCGGACCAGCUGGCCACGGGAUACGGGAAUCGGUAGAGCGGAAGGCGUGUGUGGUUUGAUUGAGGUUAGGUUUUGAUGAUUGUUUUUGAAUUUCAAGGUCGGCGGUUUACUUCGAGCAGGGCGAGUACGA